AAAAGAGCGAAUAUAAAAAGGGGGAAAAAGCCUGAAAAGGAAGUUCAUAGAAACUACGUAGUGUAAAAGUCUAGGGCGUUAGACUUAAGAGAGGAUUUCGGUUUCUGUCUUUCUAUAAUAGCUGCUGCUUCCCUUCGAUUUCUGUGAUCUCCUCCCUCCAUUUUUCAUCAAUUUGAACUCAUAUUUUCAAAAUCAAUCUCUUUCAUCUUCAUCUUUAAUUUUGAUCUCACCUAACGAUUCUAUCCAUUCGAUUCUUCGGUUUCCUCUUUUUUCAUCUUCAUCUGUUCUUGUAUGACGAUUCAAUCUCCUUCUGCUUCAUUUUCAUAAUCAGAUUUGAUUUCUUCGUUUUUUCUCUCUUAAAGAAGAUGAAAUCCUGUUCUUCGGACAGAAUCGGAGUUAGACAGUACAAUAAAUCGGAACUUCCACGGCUGCGGUGGACGCCGGAGCUUCAUCGGUACUUUGUUCAGACAGUCGAGAUCCUCGGCGGAAGAAAUCAAGCAACGCCGAAAAAAAUCCUGCAAAUGAUGGGAGUGAAAGGACUGAAGAUUUCACACAUAAAGAGCCAUUUACAGAUGUACAGAAGUAUUAAAAUAGAAAAUGGGACUCAGUGCGAGGAUUUAGUGAUGAGACAAGGCGUGAAGCACAGAAGAAGAAGAACAUUGCACUCUUGUGAUAUCAAAACCUUCUUCUCCUCAAUCUCCUCUUCCAACGAAAUAUUGAGAGAAGAAGAAGAGUUGUGCAGAGAUAAAACAAAAGACGAACCCUCCUCCAACAUAAAAGACAGAAUUAUUUAUCAACAGGAUUCAGAUUCAGAAUCGGAAUCGGAGGAGGAAUGCGUUGGCGAGUCAAUGUUAGAGGACCAAACAUGUGAUUGUGAACUCACAUUGUCCCUCAAACCCUCAAUGACACAACAAAUUCUAGAGAGACAGUUAAGUGACAAUCAAGAUAACAACACCUCCUCUUCCAAUUCUAUCUCCAUUUCCCAACUCAAUUUUAAAUUUGUAAAGCUGAAAGAUUUCCCCCAUCCUCACCAUCAUAUCAAUUUGGACCUAACCAUAUGAAAAAACCCUAGACCCUUCCAUUAUAUUCAUAGCUUUACCCAUAUUUUAUUACACUUUUAUGUUAGAAGAUUACAUGUCAAA